AUUAUGAAACAAUGGAGGCUAUUAAUUCGUCAAAACAACGAUAGCGUGCUUUGUUUAGUUGCCUAACUUACUCUCGAGCAGUUAUAUUUACUAGAAAAUGAAACUGAAAGAUUGCAAAGGGCGUUUCAUUAAGGAAUAUGGCUUCGAACUAUCGAGAUGAUUCAGAUGAAGGCAGCAGUCAGCAAUCUAGUGACAGUUGCUCAGAUUUCAGCGACAGUGACACCGAUUCCCCGUCCGACACUGAAACAAACGCACAAACAUCUGACACCGAAGCAGCUGCUCAAACAUCUGGCAAGAGGAACGUUUGUAUGCAUUACAACCGUGGCAACUGCCGUUUCGGGGACAAGUGUAGGAAGGAGCACAUCUGCAGUUACUUUCUGAAGGGUUCGUGCAAGUAUGGUGCCGGGUGUCGUCUCAACCACAACCUCCCGAGUUCAUCGCCUGGACACAGAAGACGAGCUAGCAGAGCCCCGACUGAAGAAGCUGAUGAAGAAUGUGCCGGGCCCUACAGAUGGCAGUUGAACUUUGGAAAGGGCUGGAUGAACAUUAGCCAUGAUCAUAUUCUAGAAGCCCAGUAUUCCCUCCCCCACACCAAAGCAAUCAAGAUCUAUAACACCGAUGCCGGGGCCAUUUCGAUUGAUUUCACUAAAAUGAAAGUUCUUAAAAAAAAGAAUAUUAAAGUGCGACGUAUGAGCUCAAAGGAUUCAAGGUGGUUGUGGUAUUACAGAGGUAACCGCUGCUGGUACCAGUAUGGAGGGAAGGGGAAAACCAGUCCAAUUAAGAGCUCAGAACUGGAGACGGCAUAUCAAAAAAACCCACAUGGUUCAGUUAAGUUGACCAUUGACUCUACCCAGUAUGAGAUUAGCUUCAAAGAAAUGUGUCAGACUAAUGUAUCCACAGGCCAUAAGAGGCAAGUUAGACGCCGCCCUAAAUAUGAAGCAUCACAAAGUGGAGGAUUACAAGAAAUAACCUCCCAUAUCAAGAACAUAUUCAAUCCUCCAACAAAUAAAACUCCAGAGUGGCAGUUUCAAGGGAGAAAUAAGUGGUACACCUUCAGAAACACGGAUGGUUGUUCAGUCUCAAGUGCUGACAUUGAGAGGUGUUACCAACAGAGGAAAGCGAACAUGGAUUUCACUGUCAAUCAUGUUCCUUACACUCUGGAUUUUACAAAGAUGAGACAAGUUAACCAGAACACUAUGGCCGAACGCAAGAUCAGGCGUGCGUAAAAGGCGGCUGAAUGUCUUGCAACGGAUGUUGGCAAAUACUCAAGAUCAAACAGCAAAUAGUUUGUUAUUUAGUAAUUAUAACUGAAAUGAUUGUUUGUGAUUAUGAGUUAGGAUGUUUUAACAGGAAUCACUUUCUUGUUUGGUAAACUGCCUGUGGGAAAUUUGAACUGCUUAAGUCAGUCAUUUUGAAUUAUUGUAUGUAAAUAUGAAUUAUUUGAAAUACCAGACAGCAACAAGGUGUCAGCCCAGAUCCGGCCCACAUCUGGUUCUACUGUAUGUGUACCAGAUGUGGGCCGACACAUGUUGCUGUCCUGGAUGCUGCUUGCCACAUCAACCAAAAAAACAAGCAAAAGGAAGCAUAUAUAUUUUUCUUGUUUAAUUUAAAAUAUAUAUAUAUAUUUUAAAAUUGUAUCAUGUUUGGUUAUUUUAUAAUUACUAGCCAUUCUGCCAUAGCAAUACAGGCCUGUGCGACUGCCUGACAGCCAAUGUUUACAUGUUUACAACGUUUUCCAACGUUUCAUUUUCUAAGUGCACUUAGUUUGUUUUAGCAUUAAUGCUCAGACUUGCUGAAAAGGUUAAACUUGGAUUCAGGGAUGCACAAUAAAACUGUGUGAAUACAGAGUGAAUAUUUUUACAUUACAAAAGUGAAUUACCAUUACAUGAAAUUACAACAUAAGGACAAUUAUUUGUAUGAAGCUGUUUUCACAGGGUUAAUUGAUUACAAACUGAACUGUUUAAAUGCAACUGUCAUGUCUAGUUUUGGUUUUGUUUCAUGUCUUAUCUUUGUGGAUUAGUUAUGUUAUCCUGCCUUUUGCUCCCAUUUUCCUCUUGUGAUCAUGUCAUUAGCUUCUCAUUGGUUCAUCCUUGUUCAUUACACUCAUAAUUGAGUCAUUAGUUUCUGUAUUAUUGACCUCAUGUUUAGUCUCUUGUCUUGUUCACUGUAAACCUCUGUUAGUGUGUUAUGUUGUUUUAUGUUAUGUCAAGUCAAGUUAUCCCCAAAAUCAAACCUGACAGCAACAACAUGCUAGAGUUUAUGGAAGUGCAUGGAUGCGUUUAUAAGGGCUACAUUAAAAAAACAAUACAAAAUA